AAAACCGAGUUCCGGCGCUCCGAUCCACAGUAGGCCAUCCGCAUUGAUCGAAAUGGUAGCAGAACGGCGGCAGUGCAGUGCUUCUUCGUAUUACGUAGCCAUGGUCAGCAUGUUCACAGUUCUCGUGUUUACCUGGAUGACCGCUGCAGCGGCAACAGCAACGAGCGACGUCCUCGAGGACGAGGUCAACUUGCGGGACCAGCUGAAGAUGGUCAGCAAACAGGUGACGGCCCUCCUGGAGAGACGCGCCGAAGAUUUGAAAAGCAUCGAGGAGCACAUGAGGCGCAAACUUACCAGGAGCCAAGAGUUAUCGGACGUGCGUGAAGAAAUUCGCAACUUGAGAAACGACAUGGAUCAAUUGAGGGUCGGCGGGCAUCGAUUCCAUCACGGUAAUCAAGAGAAGAACGAUCAUCUGACGCUGAAGUGGUUAUCGAAUGCCGUGUCCGAGGUGAAACUGGAGGUGAACGAGGUGCAGAACACACUGAACACGACGGCCAUCCUCGAGACGAGGGAACGCGUGGACGCGGAACUCGUGCUGCUUCGCACGGACGUCAGCAAUUUGAACAGGGAGCUGCAGGAUUCGAGAAGCAGGGAAGCGAAGAGAGCUGCAGAAGUCGAGGAGUUGAGAGAGGAAUACAAAGCGUUGAAGGAGCAUUCGACGACGACGGCGGCGAUGUGCGGCAAGACCAAGAAUCAGCUGAAAGCGGCGCAAUUGGAGUGGAACUUUAACUGGAAGAACCUCAACGACAAGGAUUCCGAGAUCCCGCAAUCGCGUCACCAGAGAUUGCUGAAGAAGCACGUCGUCGGCUUGGAGAAGACCACGAAGAAGUUGUACAGCGUCAACGGGGAGCUGCUGCAAAGAGUCUCCAAGCUCGAAGAGGAAUUACAGAAAGUACAAAGUGGAAAGAGCGAGGAGGUCAGCAACGAGUUGUACGAUAGGAUCAACGGAAACGAGGUGGAAAACUAUUUGCGUCAACACAAAAUCAACGAGAUCAAACCGGACGUCGCUGAAAAACUGAUGAAUCUCGAAGAGCAGCAACGCAUCAACACCAACGCCCUGCUGAACCUCACCAGACAGUACGGAAAUUUCGACAAAUUGCAUCUGUCCAUGCUGCAGCUGCUCGAGAACGUGGAAACCGUGGAGGCUCGCGUCGACAAGACUGUGCCCGAAUUCCGUAAGGAGAUUUCGAUGCUCGAGUCGAAGAUGUCCGAGGGAUUAUCCAAGCUGGCUGCGCUGAGGGAGGAUCAGGAUAACACGAGGGCAUCCAUGAAGGCCAUCAGCGUGAGCGUAUCUAAUUUGCAAGAUAAACACGAGGACUACAAGUCGGAGCUGCAAGGAUUAGCGCAGGAUUUCGAGACGGUGAAGAAAUCCAGCAGCGUGCAAACCUCCAAAUUGCACGAUCACAUCUUGAAGUCUGAAUCGUCGACGGCCGAUGUGAACGCGACCAAAUCGACUAUCCACUUGGUGCAGGAGUUGAAGAGCUUCGAGAAGGAGUACAAGAGUAUAGUUAAUAAGUUACCGAAUGAUUGCGGCGAGGUCAACGGUCCCAACGGAGUCUAUCUGAUCUCACCGGGAGACGGUGAACCGAUUUUGGCGUACUGCAGUCAGGGCUGGACUACGAUCCAGAAACGGUACGACGGAUCGGUGGAGUUCAACAGGAAUUGGAACGAUUAUUCCAACGGAUUCGGAUCCCCGACCGGGGAACACUGGCUCGGCAAUCGCAACCUGCACUACCUGACCAAGAGCAACUGCACCAAACUCGAGAUCAACAUGAAGGACAUCUACGGAAAGUACUGGCAGGCGACGUACGAUGAUUUCAAGGUGGCCGAUUUUGCGAACGGCUUCCGAUUAGACGUGAACAGAUACAGCGGAAACGCGAGCGACGCUUUGGAUUAUCAGAACCGGAUGGAAUUCUCCACUGUUGAUAACGACAGAGACAUUUCGAACACGCAUUGCGCGAGCAACUACGAAGGCGGCUGGUGGUUCUCGCAUUGCCAGCACGCGAAUCUCAACGGGAAAUACAACCUGGGAUUGACUUGGUUCGACAGCUCCAGGAACGAAUGGAUCGCGGUCGCCACCAGCGAAAUGCGGCUGAAGAAACGCGACGUCUGCUAAGUUUAGACUCGAGCAUAUUUCUUAAGAAGCCAGUAAGAACCAAAGAUAACUAGUUCAUUUAUUUUGUUAGUUAGAUACAGACAGGGAUCUAAUAUUUGUUGUAUUAUUGAGUUAAUGAAGAUGGGAUUAAGACAGGAAGCGCACAUACACACACACCACACUCUACUUGUACAUAUUAUUUAUUUAUACAUAUUUAUAUACAUACAUUGUUUAUGAAACAAGAAGCGAGUGGUUUUAUAAAGCAUUUGCUGAAUCGGUUAGGUACAUCUAAUGUAAUUGUAUUAUUGUAUAGGAUUGUAUUGUAUUGUAUACCCUGAAACUGCCAUAUCAUGUAAAACUUAGCUUAAAUUAAAUUUUAACAAAAUACACACACUCAUUCAACAACUAAAAUUAAAAAACAUACACAAAGAAUCCAACAGGAGAUCCAAUACGCUUGUAAAUAUUUUUAGAUGUUUAGUGAAGAAAAUCAUUUUUGUAAUUUAUUUUAGCCCGUAAGUUUGCUAAUUUGUAAAUAAUGUGAGAGAA